ACCAAAAUGUGUGCAAGGAAAGUAUGGAAACUAAGACAACUAAUGGAGAAGUAAAUCUCAGACAAAGAAAGCAAGAGAGAGAGAAACUAGAGAGAGAAAGUAUAGAGAGAGAGAGAGAGAGAGAGAGAGAGAGAGAGAGAGAGAGAGAGAGAGAGAGAGAGAGAGAGAGAGAGAGAGCACACUCAUUACAAUAGAAUCUUUGGAGCCUCAAAAAUCUCUGCUCGGCGGGACCUUCACUUCUGCAGAGAAAAAAAAAAUAAAAAAAAAAAAGUUGCCAUUUUUACUUCGAUUUCAACGAAACAAGAAAUUAAUUUAAUUUUUCCCCAUAAUAAUUCAAAAGCCCUCCAUUCUUGCAGAGCAGUAAAUCUUUGCCUUUUUUUUUUCUCUUAAUUCCUUAAGAACCCUACAUUCUUGAUUUCAGCCCACCACCCUUAUUUCUAGCUGUUGAGGAUUUUUUUUUUUUUUUUUUUAAUUAUUGAUUCCUUCAGAUCUGCAGUUUUGAUUUGUUUAUAGAAAACCCAUUUGUUUUCUUGGGAUAAAUUUGUUUCAUUUUUCCACCCCCAUUUUCUUCGGUUGCUGCAGUGGUGGCAGUUUUGAAGAUGAUGUCGGUGGAGAUGGGCGGCGGCGGCGGUGGCGGUGGUGGUGGGAGUAUUGAUCCGAGCAACCUGCAUUUGAAGAAGGAGUUGACGCAAAUCAGGAAGGCGGCGGCGAGGGUGUUGAGGGACCCCGGCACCACCUCCUCCUCCUUGCGGCGGUCGCCGCUCAACUCGACUAGAUCCACCACCACCACCACCAAGCACCACUACGUGCACCACCACAACAAGAUUGACGGUAAUGCCCUCGUCCUCCCUUCUUCCUCCUCCGACCAGUUUCCGCAACUCCCGUUGCAAGUCGAUAAAAUUAGUACUAGUAAUAAUAAUGUCGAUUCGAAUCCGAACCCGAACCCGAAUUCGAAUUCGAAAGAGAAGAAAGUGUUCCUAUAUAAUUGGAGGAGCCAGAAAUCCGAGAGCGAACGAAGCAAGCAUAUCGACGAAGAGGAGGAAGAAGACGAAGAGGGUUCGAUUUCGAGUGUCGAUAGCGACGCGAGAAAUGGCGGUGGUGGGAACGAUUCGAAGAGCGAUAUCUACCCUUCGUCCGUGUUCAAAUGUAGAAGCACGGACUUCACUCCAUCUAUCAUGCGCACAAUCAAGAAGAAGCCGAGGAGGAGUAAUUACUCGAACGCCACUCUACGGCAUCACAACGAGAAGCUGCAGAAACAGAUAAUCGUGAGUCGGUAUGCCCACAAUGUGGUCGAUGGUUUGCCCGGCUUAGGUCUACGGAGGGGCGGUUCGGUCAAUUUGGCCGGACAAUCCGACGACACCGAGGAGUACUGCAAUAGUACAGUUUCCCCUUUGCUUGCAAGAAUCAAGAACAAGGGGUGGGCCCCGGCGGUGAAUCGUAAGAAGAAUGCGGAAGACGAUUCGGUUUCGUACAGCACGCCUGCACUUUCGACAAGCUCUCGUCAUAAUAAUAAAUACGGGAUUAGGAAUCCUAGUACGGUUGAAUCAUGGGAUGCGACAACCGGAUCUUGCGCGGACGAUGAGGUGGACGACAAUUUGGAUUUGCCGGGUCGAAACGGAUGCGGAAUCCCUUGCUAUUGGUCAAGAAGGUCAACUCCGAAGUCUAGAGUAGGUUCUUGGAGCUGCUAUUCGCCGUCGCUUUCUGAUACUUUAAGAAGGAAAUCGAGCAGUAUCGAUUUGGAGCCUUUGAGCCGAUUGGACGGAAAAAGAUGGUCUUCGAGCUGUAGAAGCCAAGAAGGUCUAGAAAUGGUUGCUAUGAACGAUGAAGUACAAGACGAAAGCUCGCCCGAGAAUGUGCGAAGCUUGAGCCAUAAAUAUAGGCCGAUGUUUUUCGAGGAAUUGAUUGGUCAGAAUAUAGUCGUGCAAUCUCUUAUUAAUACGAUCUCGAGGGGGAGAAUUUCCCCCGUUUAUCUCUUCCAAGGCCCACGUGGGACCGGAAAAACUUCGGCCGCGAGAAUUUUCGCCGCUGCAUUGAAUUGCUUAGCGUCGAACGAGACUAAGCCUUGUGGGGUUUGUAGAGAGUGUUCCGAUUUCAUGUCCGGAAAGAGCCGGAACCUUCUAGAAGCCGACGGUUCGAGUAAGAAGGGAAUCGAGAAUAUCAAGUCGCUUCUGAAGAGCCACUUGUCGUCGUCUUCUUCGGAUUCGAAAUUUAGGGUUUUUGUUGUCGAGGAGUGCCAUUUAUUGCCGUCGAAGAUUUGGUUGACUUUCCUCCGUCUGCUCGAGAAACCCGCUGCACGCGUCGUCUUUGUACUCGUUACGACCGAUGCAGACAACGUGCCGAGGGCGAUUUUGUCCAGGUGUCAGAAGCAUCUUUUUAACAAGAUCGGCAGUAGCGAAAUUGUGGGUCGGUUGAGGAAAAUCGUUAGUGACGAGAAUUUGGACGUUGACUUAGAUGCGUUGGAAAUGAUUGCUUCGAACGCGGAUGGUUCGUUGAGAGAUGCGGAGACAACGGUCGAUCAGUUGAGUUUGUUUGGGAAGAGAAUCACCGUCUCGUUGGUCAACGAACUCAUCGGGGUUGUUUCCGACGAGAAGUUAUUGGAGUUAUUGGAGUUAGCCAUGGCGUCGAAUGCGACGGAGACUGUGAUUAGAGCGAGAGAAUUGAUGGACUGUGGAGUUGACCCGAUAGUUUUAAUGUCUCAAAUGGCAACACUUAUUGUCGAUAUUAUUGCCGGGACUUAUCCGAAUUCCGACGGGAAGCACGAUUCCUUCUUCGGUGGAAGAAAUUUGUCCGAACGAGAACUAGACAGGCUAAAACACGCACUGAACCUUCUCUCGGAAGCAGAAAAGCAUCUAAGGGUAUCGAGCGAACGGUCCACAUGGUUCACAGCAACCUUAUUACAGCUAGGUUCCGCCCCGUCGCCUGACCGGACCCACUCGGGCAGUAGUCGAAGACAG